AUGAGUUUCCACAAGGAGGACGGUGUGAGCCUAUGUCAGAAGGCUUUACAGAUUGUAUCCGAGCUAUGCCUGGGUGGGCAAGUGGAAUGGGACAAGUGCACAGGAAUCUUCCCCAGGACCACCCAAGGAGCAGGGAGCACCGACAUAUCAGUCAGUCUUCUCGCUGUCGUAGUAAGUUUCUGUGGACUGGCACUUUUAGUGGUCUCUCUCUUUGUUUUCUGGAAGUUGUGCUGGCCGUGCUGGAGGAGUAAACCUGUUACAUGCACAACCCAUGUCCUACCACAGUGUAUACCCAGCGCACCUCCCGAAGUGGUGGAAACCAACGAGAAAAAAGAAAUUAAGCAAAAUGGGAAGCAUUCGGUGAGAGUAUCAGAAGCAGCAAUGAAAAUCAGCCACACUUCACCUGAUAUACCUGCAGAGGUGCAGAAUGCACUUAAAGAGCAUUUAAUCAAGCAUACGCGCAUGCAGAGGCAGGUGACAGAGCCAACCUCUUCUUCACGACAUAAUUCAUUCAGAAGGCAUUUACCAAGACAGAUGCAAGUUUCCAGCGUGGAUUUCUGUACCGGACUGGAACCGUUACAAAGAGGGGAGACAACCACAAGUAUUGGAAGAAUUAAACCUGAACUGUAUAAGCAGAAAUCUUUUGACUCAGAAGACAGUAAAAAAGAUGACUCUAAGACCUGCGGGAAACUGAAUUUUACUCUACAAUAUGAUUAUGAAAAUGAACUGCUCAUUGUGAAAAUCCUUAAAGCUUUGGAGCUCCCCGCUAAAGACUUAUCUGGGACUUCUGACCCCUACGUAAAAAUCUAUCUCCUUCCAGAUAGGAAAAAAAAAUUUCAGACAAGGGUUCACAGGAAAACUUUAAAUCCUGUGUUUGAUGAAACAUUUCAGUUCCCUGUUGCUUAUGAUCAACUCAGCAACAGGAAACUACAUUUCAGUGUAUACGAUUUUGACCGAUUUUCUAGACAUGAUAUGAUUGGGGAAGUUAUCCUUGACAAUUUGUUUGAAGUAUCAGAUCUCUCCCGGGAAGCCACUGUAUGGAAAGACAUCCACUGUGCCACUACAGAGAGCGUAGACCUUGGAGAGAUUAUGUAUUCAUUGUGUUAUUUACCUACGGCUGGUAGAAUGACAUUAACAGUUAUCAAAUGUAGAAAUCUAAAGGCUAUGGAUAUCACUGGAUCAUCAGAUCCCUAUGUGAAAGUCUCACUCAUGUGUGAAGGUCGAAGAUUAAAAAAAAGGAAAACAACAACAAAAAAGAAUACAUUAAAUCCUAUUUAUAAUGAGGCUAUUAUUUUUGACAUCCCACCGGAAAAUAUGGACCAAGUUAGUCUCUCUAUAGCAGUUAUGGAUUAUGAUAGGGUCGGACACAAUGAGGUGAUUGGGGUGUGCCGGACUGGAGUGGAAGCAGAAGGCCUUGGAAGGGAUCAUUGGAAUGAAAUGUUGGCAUACCCAAGAAAACCAAUAACCCAUUGGCAUUCAUUGGUAGAGCAGCCAGGCCGUGCUACCAGCUUCGAUAGCCAAGGAUCCUGUUCAUCUCCUAAACCGCCUCUUACACCGUAG